AUGGCAUCAUCAGAAGAAGUGAAAUCAUACGAUCUUGGUCCACUUCCUCCAAUUGGACAUAGGAACAACAUUUCGAUUCAUUCAUUUGAUAUCAACAUUGAGCAAUACCAUGAAGUAGAAGACGAAAAAGAAGAUAACGAAAUUCAAUUCCCAAGACCACUGGACAUUGAAUUAUGGAACGGUAUUGAAGAAGUUAUUAUCCCAGAAGAGGAUGCCCGAGCUCACGAAACGAAUGCAAUUUUUGGAUUUGACGGGGAUGAAGAAAUUAAAGAAGAAAUCCAAGUCGAAAUAAGCCAAAUUAGUGAAGAAAAUGAAAUUGAGAAGACCUUGACGAGCUCCCUGUCAAGCAAUCUUCAUGCAAGCACUAUUAGAGAUGACCGCUGGCUAUGCCCUAUCUGUUUGGAGCUAUUUGAAAAUCCUGUGGAAACACCCUGUUGCCAUAAUCUUUUUUGUGAGAGAUGCAUCUUCAAUAUCAGAAGAUGCCCAUUGUGUAGCAAAAAUCUUGGCCGAUGCAUGCCGAAUAUCCCAAUUCGAAGAUUAAUGGACGAUUUAGCGGUAAAAUGCAGGCAUAUUAAGUGUGAUAUUGUAAUUAGAAAGGCAGAUUUAAUCAAUCAUGAAAAAGAAUGCCAGAUGGCACUUGUUCCUUGCAUGAACAGCUUUUUGUGCGGAGAAGUACUAAGAAGAGAUCUAGGGAAGCACUUAAAAGAUGACUGCAUAUACAGGCCUGUCCCUUGCGCUCUAGAAUGCGGAAGGGUGCUGGCUUAUUGUGAGAUGGAAAAGCACUUGGAAACAGAUUGCCAAAACGUAAUAGUAAACUGUCCUCAAGACUGCGGAGUCUUAAUUCAACGUGGAGAAGCUGAAAUGCAUAUUUCUCAGAUUUGCCCCUAUACCUAUAUCAAGUGUAACCUCACAGAUGCAGACGGACAGUCAUGUCCUGUCCGCUGCAUGAGAGAAGAACUAGAAGAGCACCAUUUAAUCUGCGAAUUCAGAAAAGUCCGAUGUCUAAAUAAUGGCUGUGGGCAAAGAAUUUCAAACAGAUAUGUGCAAGAUCACGAUAACGCCUGCCUAUUCAAAGAAAUCCAAUGCCCCAAUAAUUGUUCUGAACUAAUUCUAACUCCCCCCCCUUAAACCCUUUAAAUUGGAACAAAAUAUUGGUAAAAUUUCCACUUUUUUGGUAAAUUAAUCCCUUUUAAAUUGGAACAAAAUUUAAUUUUAUAAUAAAAAAUUAUAUAUAAUUUUUAUCUAAAAAGUUUUGAUAUAAGUUAAAUGUUUCUUCUUAACUAAAAUUAAAAAUUUUUUAUAUAUCUUGCUCUUUUUUAAAGAAAAAAGUAUAAAGAGCAUCUUAUUUAAAUAAAUUUAUUAUCCUUAAUUGGUAAAUUUUAAAAAAAAAUUAAUUUUUUUUUUUUUUCAAAAUUUUCAAAAAAAAUUGUUUUUUUUUGAUACUAAUACUUAAUGGUUAUCGCCUCAUAAGAGACCAAUUAUUUCUAAAACUUCAUAAACUUCAUAAACUUUGUAAACUUCAUAACUUCAACAUCACAUCACAUCAAGUAUCAACAUCAAACAUCAACACCAGCAUCAGCACAUGCCAACAUCAGCAUCAAUAUCGACAUCAACAUCAACUUCAACAUCAACUUCAAUUUCAACAAAAAAACAACAGAAGGACUUUUUAAGGUUACAGAGGCCGAGUUUUUGUCCCAAUGAAUCACCGAUUUGCAUUCCUCCAAAAUCGGCCAUUAGAAAAACUACACAUCUACAACUUUUCAAGCCCAAAAAAUAAUUCAUCACUGCAAGAAUUUAUGCUGACGCAUAUUUCCUCACCUUUACUGUUUGCUUUUUCUCAAAAGCAACUCAGGAUAACUCCUUUCACUUUGGCGCGAAACGCCAUUUUGUCCCGAAGAAAUUAUUUUUUUUUUUUUUUUUUUGAUAAAAAUGAUAUUUUUAUUUGGAUAGUUUUGAUAUAAAUUCAAUAGGAAUUCUUUAUAAAAUUUCAAAAUUUACUAAUUUCUUGCUUUAUUUUAAAGAAUAGAUUAUAAAUAGCAUCUUAUUUAAACAAAAUUAGCACUUUGAUCGAUAAACUUUCCAAAAUUUUUUUUGUCAAUAAAAAUAAAAAAUUUUUGUGUAAAUAAUUUUGAUACAAUUAAUAGUGGCGUAUUAACUAAUAAUGAAAAUUUAGUUAUAUCUUGCUUUGUUUUAAAGGAUAAAGAGUAAAUAGCGUUUUAUUAAGCAAAUUUAUUGAUCUAAUUCGAUAAGUUUUUGAAAUUUUUUUUUUUUUAAAUUUUUAUAUAUUUUUAUAUAUUUUUAUAUUGAUUUUUUUUUUAAAAAAAACAAUUAACCCCCCUUUAAAUUGGAACAAAAUUUUUUAGUUCCAAUUUAAAGGGGGGGGGAGUAAGAAAAGAUAUCGAAAAUCAUUCAAAUUUUUGCCCUUUACAAGUGAUUGAGUGUCCUUAUAGCGAAUUUGGCUGCACUGCUAAAAUCGAAAGAAAAAACAUAAAAGAGCACCUUGAAGCUGAAGCUGUUGACCAUAGUCUGAAAAUGGCAGAAGGAUGCAAGCAAAAUAAGUUAGCCAUUGCAAAAAUGCAGUUUGAAAUGCAAAUCAUGAAAGAAAUGCUGAAACAAGAAAUGAUAAAAAUUGGGGACGAGCUGAAAAAAGUUAAAGGGAAAAAGAGAGAUAAUGAAAGAUAUGCACUUGAAUGGUGUGAUGAAGAAGAAGCUGAGGCUUUUCUCGAUGAGAGGAACGGGCUUAUUUGUCCAUUUGAUGAACUUUUGAGGAUGCUGGAAAGAUAA